AUGGCGGCGGCUCCGGGCGGGGAGAGGGAGAGCGGCCGGGGGGGCGCGCCCCGUCCCCCCCCGCGGCAGGUUCAUCCGGGACCGGGCCCAGCGCUGCGGGGACUCCCAGGCCGUGGAGCUGAGCCGGGCAGAGCUGGGGGGCCGGAGCCCCCCCCCUGCGACGAGAACACCAAGCGGCUCAGCGAGUGCCUGCGGCGGAUCGGGGACGAGCUCGACAGCAACACCGAACUGCAGAGUAUGAUUGACCGGGUGGGGGCCCACGCCCCUAAGGACGUCUUCUUCCGCGUGGCCGCCGAGAUGUUCUCCGACGGGACCUUCAACUGGGGCCGGGUCGUGGCGCUUUUCUACUUUGCCUGCAAGCUGGUGCUCAAGGCUCUGUGCACCAAGGUCCCCGAGCUGGUGCGGACCAUCGUGGGCUGGACGUUGGAGUACCUCCGGGAUCAUGUGCUGGCCUGGAUCCAGGCCCAGGGAGGAUGGGAUGGCCUCCUCUCCUACUUCGGCACGCCCACCUGGCAAACCAUCACCAUCUUCGCUGCUGGCGUGCUCACCGCCUCCCUCACCAUCUGGAAGAUGUCGUAGGGCGGGGUGGGGUGCGCUCCGCGGCACCCCACGUCUGGCCGGACUGCGCUGGGCUCCCCGGGGCCGGCUCCCCUUGUCCAGCCUCGCUCCCUCCCCGAUUCCCGGUGCCUUGUGCUCAACUCGAAACAAACCUCGCGGGACCCCGCGCUGCGCCUCCCGGAUCGGGACCGACGUCGGGGGACACGGACGCUCCGUGGGGCCGGACGCCCUCCUGCAUCUGGGGCAGAGACUUGAGAGGCCUUGAGCCCUACCCGGGGCUGGUCGGCGUGUAAUUCCCUGACGGGCUGGCUGCCCGCGGGGAAUCCUGGGCCGAGGUCGCGGGGGCCGGAGCCGGCUCGGGGGGCCGAACUCGGGCCGAGGUCGCGGGGGCCACAGCCGGCUCAGGGGGCCGAACUCGGGCCGAGGUCGCGGGGGCCGCAGCCGGCUCGGGGGGGCCGAACUUGGGCCGAGGUCCAGCGCUGAUUCCCCCAGCGAGAUCCGUUCUGCGGGGAGCUGAGGGGGGCGGCUCAGGCCUGGCUGCCCGUGACCUGGCAGACUCAGUUUCCUUCCCCGAAACACCCAUCAGGGGCCCCCCCUCUUUUGACUUCCCCCCUGCCCCUCAGUACCUCCCUGGGGAUUUCCAAUGCCCUCCCAGUCUGGCAGGGUCCCCCCAUCAGGCGCCUCUGUCCAGGGUACCCCAGUGCCAGGUGCCUCUGUCCUCCCGCCCCCCCCCCGUGCUGUGCACAGCGCCUCCCCUGGGUGUAAAAGCCAGUUGCCCCCUCCAUCCAGCAUGGCCUUGGGGCCCCCCCUCAAAGCCCUGCUGGGGAGCUGGUUUGGGGGAUGCCCCCAUAGCAGGGGAAUUCUUGUACAGAGCACUCACAACAGUACUGUAGUGGGGGAGGGAACUGGCCCCAUCUUCCCCCCUCCCCCACCGUUACCCCCCCACCCUGGCUUCUAGUGGGAGGCGGGUGGGACGGGUGCCCCUACGCCUUUGUACUGUAAUUAACUUAAUACUGUUUGUAAAGCGAUGUGUGUUCUCAGGUGUGGGGGCCGACCCCCUUCCCUAGCAGCUGUGGACCCCCUUCACCCCACUGGUAAACUCUUGGGGGGGAGACAGUGGGCGGCUCUCAGAUUUGCUCCGAAUGUCCCUCUGCAGCCACCAGUUGGGGCCGGGGGUUGCCAGGAACUUUGGGGGGGGGGUGCUGUUCCCAGCUGUGAUGUGGGGGCAGAGUAACUGUUCCUGGGUUAGCACCCCCUUCCCCCCCAGAAAGGCUGGUCUGGGGUGUGGAGGAUGAGAGAGAAGCAGCUGAUGAGUUGUC